GCGCAGAUGGCGACGCAGGUGGAGGCGCUGCUGCCCGGCACGGCCCCGCUGCUGCCCGCCGAGGAGCGCGCCCUGGUGCUGAAGCCGCCGCAGGACGGCGGCGGCCGGGAGAAGGGCGAGCCGCCCAUGGGCCCCGACGGCGGGCCGGCGGCGCCGCGGCCGCCCAGCGCCAAGCAGCAGAAGGAGGAGAGCAACAACCAGGAGAAGGAGAGCCUGCUGAGGGCCGGCGGCGAGGCGGAGGAUGGCGGCGAGGCGGGCGGUGCGGGGCGCCGGGAGUUCAUCGAGGCCCCGCCGCCCAAGGUGAACCCCUGGACGAAGAACGCGCCGGCCGUGAACGGACAGUCGCCUCCCGAUAUAUUUCCGACUGACAGCCAGUCUGAACUUACGACUCCAGCAAAAGUGGUGAGGGCUGCCAACCCAAGACAGCGGAAAGGAAGCAAGGUUGGUGACUUUGGUGAUGCCACAAAUUGGCCAACACCUGGAGAAAUAGCCCACAAGAGUGUCCAGCAGCCGCAUAAAGCACCAACCCUUCGGAAACUGCCUGUCAAGAAAGACAUGAAAGAGCAGGAGAAGGGGGAUGGGAGUGAUGGCAAAGAGAGCCUGAAAACCAAAUCAGAUGAGUCGGGGGAGGAGAAGAACGGUGAUGAUGACAACCAGAAGUCAGCGCAGAAGAAGAAAGGCAACAAACACAAGUGGGUCCCUUUGCAGAUAGACAUGAAGUCAGAGGUGCCUAGGGACAAAACCGCCUCUCGGAACAACCGGCAAAACGAGCAGCACAGGCACCCCUCCAACAACCGCAGCGAACUGAAAGGCUGGCACCCAGACAACAAGUUCGACCGCAGCUGGCAGGACCACGACGAGACCUCCAGCGUGAAGAGCGAGGGAGGGGCCGUGCGAGGGACCUUCCGGGGCCGAGGCCGUGGCCGUGGCAGGGGCCGUGGCCGUGGCAGAGGAGGGCACUUUGACUACCAGUAUGGGUACCGGAAAUUCGAGGGCUCGGAUGGCUCCCGCACCCAGAAGUAUGCCAGCAACAUCACCUACUACUUCGACAACAUCAGCAGUGCUGAGCUCUACAGCGUGGACCAGGAGCUGCUCAAAGACUACAUCAAGAGGCAGAUAGAAUAUUACUUCAGCGUGGACAACCUGGAGCGAGACUUCUUCCUGCGCCGCAAGAUGGACUCGGACGGCUUCCUCCCCAUCACCCUGAUCGCCAGCUUCCACCGAGUGCAGGCACUGACCACCGACAUCAGCCUCAUCAUCAAGGCUCUGAAGGACAGCAAGGUGGUGGAAAUUGUGGAUGAGAAGAUCAGGAGAAAAGAGCAGCCAGAAAAAUGGGCUCUGCCUGGCCCUCCUAUGGCAGACUACACUCAGACUGACUUCUCACAAUUCAUCAAUUGCCCUGAGUUUGUCCCCCGGCAAAGCUUCCAAAAAGAGACAGAGUCUGCUCCUGGCUCCCCACGUCCUGCCAGCCCCGUCCCCACCAAAACAGAGGAGGUCAGUAACCUGAAGACAAUGCCCAAGGGCCUGUCCACAAGUCUGCCAGACCUGGAUUCAGAGACAUGGAUUGAAGUGAAGAAGAGGCCUCGGCCUUCCCCAGCCAGGCCCAAGAAACCAGAGGAGUCAAAGACACCCCAGCAGCAAAAGCAAAAGGACCAAGAUGAGCCUGAGGAGCUCGACUUCCUCUUCGACGAGGAGAUGGAGCAGAUGGAUGGCCGCAAGAACACCUUCACCGACUGGUCAGAUGAAGAUUCCGAUUACGAGAUCGACGACCGCGACGUGAACAAGAUCCUCAUCGUGACGCAGACUCCUCCUUACCUACGCCGGCAUCCUGGUGGGGACCGGACUGGCAACCACACCUCCAGGGCUAAAAUGAGCUCGGAGCUGGCCAAGGUGAUCAAUGAUGGGCUCUACUACUACGAGCAGGACCUGUGGACAGAGCAGUUCGAGCCAGAGUAUUCACAGAUCAAGCAAGAGGUGGAGAACUUCAAGAAGGUGAAUAUGAUCAGCAGGGAGCAGUUUGACACCCUGACCCCAGAGCCCCCUGUGGAUCCAAACCAAGAAGUCCCUCCAGGUCCCCCCAGGUUCCAGCAAGUACCUACAGAUGCUUUGGCCAACAAGCUGUUUGGAGUCCCUGAGCCUUCCACCAUCGCCCGGUCUUUGCCCACGACUGUACCAGAAUCACCCAACUACCGCAACGCCAGGACCCCCCGCACCCCCCGCACGCCGCAGCUGAAGGACCCGACACAGACGCCCCGGUUCUACCCCGUGGUGAAAGAGGGCAGGACGAUAGAUGCCAAGACUCCACGGAAAAGGAAGACGAGGCACAGUUCAAACCCUCCAAUGGAGUGCCACGUGGGCUGGGUGAUGGACUCUCGGGAGCACAGGCCACGAACUGCCUCCAUCAGCUCCAGCCCCUCGGAGGGGACUCCAGCUGUCGGGAGCUACGGCUGCACCCCACAGUCCCUGCCCAAGUUCCAGCACCCUUCGCACGAGCUGCUCAAGGAGAACGGCUUCACACAACACGUCUACCACAAGUACCGUCGGCGCUGCCUUAACGAGCGGAAACGACUGGGCAUUGGUCAGUCCCAGGAGAUGAACACGCUUUUCCGGUUCUGGUCCUUCUUUCUCCGAGAUCACUUCAACAAGAAAAUGUAUGAGGAGUUCAAGCAACUGGCUGUGGAGGACGGAAAGGAGGGAUACAGGUAUGGUCUGGAGUGCCUUUUCAGAUACUACAGCUACGGGCUGGAGAAGAAAUUCCGGCCAGACAUAUUUAAGGACUUCCAAGAAGAGACCAUCAAGGAUUACGAAGCUGGGCAGCUCUAUGGGCUGGAAAAGUUCUGGGCCUUCUUAAAAUAUUCCAAAGCCAAAAAUCUGGACAUUAACAGCAAACUGCAAGAAUACCUCAGCAAGUUCAAGCGCCUCGAGGACUUCAGAGUGGAUCCACCCAUGGGGGAGGAAGGUGGACACAAGAGAUACCCUUCGACGUCAGGGGGAGAUGGCAGGAAGCGCUACCCAUCCCAGUCUUCCAGCAAAACGGUCAGCCAGUGCCCAUCCAGCCAAGCCCACGCCUCACCCAGCCAGCCUGCACAAGAGGAUGCCAAAAACCUGAGCCAGCAAUCCCCUGCCCCAUCGGCCGCAGAGUCGCAGACAGUGGGGAAGUAGAGAGGCUGCAGCGUCUGCUUCCUGCCGGGGGGUGGGGUGGGUUGGUGGGGGACUGGCUUGGAGAAGGGAAGACAUGAGGGGGUGGGACAGGAAGGGAGCUGGAAGGUGGGUGCCCAGGAAUAGGCUGCUUGGGAGAAACUUCAACGCACACGAUCUUCUUCUCUUGUGGCUGGAAAGCAAAGACUAUCUACAUCUAAAACACCAUUUUGCUAUUACAACCCUGACCAGAGCCAGACCCGCUCCCAGCAGUCCCACCCUUUCCCUUCCCUCCCCUCCUGUGCACACACUCAUGUCUUAGCGUCUCUUCAAAAAAAAAAUGUGUUCUGGUUGGGUUGGAAAGGGGAGAUUUUUUUAUUAUUAUAUAUAUAUAUCAAGUUUUAAAUUAUUGCUAGAAGUUCGUCUGGAUUUACCAAAACAAGUCUGCUCUGUGUGGCCCCAACGACUCCCCUCUGUGUCCCCCCUCGGAUCUCG